GGGAUUGGCUGCGGCGCGCGGAGACGUCAGGCUCCCGCGGCCCGAGCGGCCGCCCGGCCCGGCGCGGCGCAGUCGGCUCGAGUGCUCCCGGUGAGGAGGAGCUGUCCUCGGCUGUGCCGCCCUCCGCCGCCGUCGCCGGGCUGCGCCGCUAGAGCCGGGACGCGCCUCCGCGCUCCUCGCCGCCUGCACCCCCGCGGCCGCCGCUCCCCUCGCAGUCCGCACACCCACCAUGACGAAGAAUGAGAAGAAGUCCUUCAACCAGAGCCUGGCCGAGUGGAAGCUCUUCAUCUACAACCCGACCACCAGAGAGUUCCUGGGGCGCACCGCCAAGAGCUGGGCAGAUGGAUCACUCCUUUGAGAUGGGUCUUCCUCCUCUUAUUCUGCAGCAGGAUCGCAGUGUGUGGUGGGGGGUGAUGCUGCCUGAAGGAUUGAUCUUGCUCUUCUACCUAGUUUUUUAUGGGUUCUUGGCUGCACUCUUCACAUUCACAAUGUGGGUUAUGCUUCAGACUCUGAACGAUGAGGUUCCAAAAUAUCGUGACCAGAUUCCUAGUCCAGGACUUAUGGUUUUUCCAAAACCAGUGACUGCAUUGGAAUAUACAUUUAGUGUAUCAGAUCCAAGUUCCUAUGAAGGGUACGUUAAAGACCUUACGAAGUUUCUAAAAUCAUAUUCUGUAGAAGAACAGAAUAACCUCAGAGCCUGUCCUGAUGGAGUACUUUUUGAACAGAAGGGUCCAGUUUAUGCUGCAUGUCAGUUUCCUCUUGCCUUACUUCAGGAAUGCAAUGGUAUAGAUGAUCCUGAUUUUGGCUAUUCCAAAGGAAAACCUUGUAUUCUUGUAAAAAUGAACAGAAUAAUUGGAUUAAAGCCUGAAGGAGAUCCAAGGAUAGAAUGUGUUCCAAAGGAUAAAAACAUAGCAACUGUAGAAACGUAUCCUAAUCUUGGAGUUAUAGACUUAAAGUACUUUCCAUAUUAUGGGAAAAAACUGCACGUGGGAUAUCUGCAGCCAUUAGUUGCUGUCCAGGUCAUCUUUGGAUCUAAUAAUACCAGGAAUGAAGUAACAGUUGAGUGCAAAAUUGAUGGAUCACCCAACCUAAAAAACGAGAAUGAUCGUGACAAGUUUUUGGGACGAGUUGUGUUCAAAAUUACAGCACGUGCAUAGUAUGCGUAGGAUGUCUCCACAGAAUAAAUGUUGUGUUGUCUGUCUUCAUUUUGCAUCAGCUGGACCUGCCAUUCUAGAAUUACGAGACCGCCUUGGAGAAGGUGUGUGGUACAUGACACUGGGUAACGUCGUAACGUGAUUCCAGAUCAUAGUGUUCAGUGUCCUCUGAAGUAACUGCCUGUUGCCUCUGCUGCCCUUGAACCAGUGUACAGUCGCCUGAUAGGGACCAGUGAACACCGAUUCCGAACACGUAGGAUGGGGUCUUGCCCUCUUUUUAUGUGGUUUAAUUGCCAAGUGUCUAAAGCUUAAUGUGCUGUGCUAUGUAAAUAUUUUAUGGAUUUAACACUGGUUAACUGUCAUAUUUUGAUGCCAACAAAGUUUUUAGGGAUAAAAUGGUACCUGGCCAACAUCAAGUGACUUUAUAGCUACAAGCAAUGUGUGUGGAGAAAUUCUGUAUGUGAGGAGGAAAAAAAAGAAAAUAAAAGUGGAUCUAAAAGUGUUAUA